AAUGUCAAAUGACAAUACGAUACGAUAUACCUAUUACCUAUUGCUUUGCUUUUUAUUUUAUUUAUUUUGUAAACUAAAUUAUUUUAUGUUGAGUAGUUAGAUAUUGUACUUAAUUUAAAAAUUUUAAUAGUUGUACCGUGACAUAAUAGUUGAAAUAAUGUACAAAACUCAUUGACGAAGUGACAAUAAUAACUUUAUUUCUUAUUAUUACAAAAAUAAUUAUUGUAGGUAAACAUCUAAUUCCUGUCUGAUUAAUAAUCUAAAGUUGUAUUUAAUAUUUAGUUAGUAUAUUAAUUUUAAUAAUCAAAUACAUAUAAGUAUACCUUUUUUACGUGUUAUGUAAUGUGUUGAUAAUAAUUUGUGUUAUUGAUAAAAAUGUUGAAACAAAGAUCCUGUUUGCUACUUGUACCUGCCACAAAGCCGCGUUGGAGACAAUGCUACCAUAGUAUACGAUUACUGUCAUCUCCGGCCCAGGAAAACCCUACAAGUCCUGGAGGUCCUUGGAGUUUGUAUUUAGAGAAAGUGGAAAAUGGAUCACUUAGUAAGGAUCCUCAUCAAGAAAAUGUUGUCCAACAUCUCCAGAAUGUCUAUCAAGAGGUUGUUUCAUACAAAAGACCAGCUAUUCAAACAAAAAUGAGUGAUUCAAUAUUUUCAUUUUUUAAAAGGAGAGAACCACUAAAAAUUGCAGCACCAAAAGGGCUUUACAUUUAUGGCAGUGUUGGUGGAGGCAAAACAAUGUUAAUGGACUUAUUCUAUGAAACUGUGCCUAUUAAGGAGAAGCUGAGAGUGCAUUUUAAUUCUUUCAUGUUGAAUAUACAUUCAAGAAUACAUGAACUUAAAAUAAAAUCCGGCCGAGGUGCUAGUUCAUUUAGAGAUGAGAAUUCAAAACCUUUUGACCCCAUACCUCCAGUAGCUGCUGAUAUUACACAAGAAUCAUGGUUAAUAUGUUUUGAUGAAUUUCAGGUUACAGAUAUUGGAGAUGCCAUGAUAUUGAAACGUCUCUUUACACAACUCUUUGACAAUGGUUGUGUUGUAAUAGCCACAAGUAACAGGAAACCCGACGAUUUGUAUAAAAAUGGACUGCAGAGAUCAAACUUUCUGCCUUUUAUACCAAUACUUAAAGCACACUGUGAUGUUACAAACCUUGACUCUGGCGUAGACUAUAGAUUAAGAGGCAGUGGGGGUAAGGUCGGAAAAUAUUAUAUAAACAGUGAACUUACGCCUGACAGGAAUGCAGUAGACACAUUGUUUAAAUUUUUAAUUUCACAAGAGAAUGAUACCGUUCGGGUGAGGGUGAUUAAUAUUUUAGGCAGAAAUGUGAAAUUUUCAAUAACAUGUGGCAGGAUACUUGAUUCUACAUUUGAGGAAUUAUGUGACAGACCUCUUGGUGCUAGUGACUAUUUAGUAUUAUCAAAAACAUUUCAUACUGUGUUCAUUCGCAAAGUGCCUCAGCUAUCUAUUGUUUGUCAUAGAUCGCAAAUAAGAAGAUUUAUAACACUUAUCGAUACAUUCUAUGACAAUAGAGUAAGGGUUGUUAUUGCAGCCGAUGUUGAACCAAAAAAACUAUUCAAUUUAGAAGAUGUUAGAGAAGGUUAUGGUGACUCUGAAAGGACACUCAUGGACGAUUUGAGCAUUACAAAAGAUUCGGAUGAUGCAAAGGCCGCAAUAUUCACGGGAGAAGAGGAAAUGUUUGCGUGUGAUAGAUGUCUCUCUCGUAUUAUCGAAAUGCAAACAGACGAGUACUGGGAAAAGUGGGGGAAAAAUAUUUGAUUCACAAUCAUCCAACGGUUAAGGAGUAUAUAUUUUUAUAUUUCUGACGUUAUUGGUGUAAUAAUUCAAGUGAAAUUCGAGUGCUUCUUUCAUAUAGAUGUUAAGUAGCGAAUCUAGUCUUUAAAAUUCACAUAUCGUGUAGUAUAUUUGCUUAGAGUCCAUCAUCACCACUACUUCUGCCGGAAGACGUCCACUGCUGGACAAAGGCCUCCCCCAAAGAUCUCCACAACGAUCUUGUGCUUCCCUCAUCUAACCUAUUCCGGCGAUCUUGGCCAGAUGAUCGGUCUAUCUUGUGGGGGGCCUACCAAGUUGCUUAGAGUAUUAACUAGGAAAUGGAUAGGCAGGUAUCCAGUUAAAAAACAUGAUUUCCGAUAUUAGAGAAACACAAAUAGAUUAGAUUUUAUCAUUUGCUGAGUACUUUCGUUAUUUUAAUGGAAUAUGAAGACGAAUGUACAAUGUGCAUGGUAGUCACACGUCACACGAUGGUUGGUGAUGUGCUAAACGCCACACAUGCUGGCAACGCCAUUCAUCAGGAGAGUUAAACGAGCGUCGCUGGGUUUUAAAUAAUAAUAUUAUAAUACUAGAUCGCUAGGUAAGUUGGUUUUUAAAAGCAAUAGAAUCUAUAAAUUCCAAUCUCCGCACCUUACAUACAACGUAUUUUGGGAGAAAACAAUAUUAUAACAUAUGUUGAACAAAAAUAUCGGUCGGAAAGUCGGAACAUUACGUUUCUAGUAUGAAGAUGGCGCUACUUGAGCUCGAGCGUAGUGAAAAUUUUAACUACAUCUUUUGGCAAUUUAUCUCUUUACUAUUAGGUGAUGCUUAAAGAUGUCCUUCCAAGUAGGUUCGAACAUUCAGCCUAUUUAUUCUCUUAAUGUAAAGCUACUUGGUUGAAUUCUACAAAUAUUUUUUAUGGAAAUUAAAAAAUAAACCGUAAAGUACGUAAGCUACUAUAUAACGAAACGUGCGGUUAGCUAUUUUAUUGUACGUUCAGUUGUAUGGCGCAUAAUUUUGAAUUUACAACACUUACUACUAGCAAAGGCUUCGUAAAUAUGUUUUUGAGCAAAUGUAUUAAAAAAUAGGUAAGUCUGUCUGUAAUGUUUUACGGUAUUCUUCAUAUAAAUCUGUAGAAAAAAGUUAUUAAGCUAUUGCAUAGCUUUUAUAGCGGGCCUUGAGCGUGGAGACCGAAUCCAGAAAUUCCGUAACGAAAAUAACCAAACACUUACUAGAUGUAUGUAGAUAUUUCGCCACGGUCAUUUCAGUUGCCGUGGAACAGCGGUUAUCACUGGGGUACGUCUUGAUUUUUUUUAUCACGUCUUUUUAUUUUUUAUUAUUAUGACAAGCAUUUUUAUUUAGUUUCACCUGUCCCGUUGUCUGUUAAGUUAAAUUUUACUCAUUUCCCGUUUGCUUUUUUAAAUUAAUUUUAUUUAAAAAAAAAUACUGCAUAAAUAAAUAAUUAUAAUUGCAUAAGUUGAUAAAAAAUGCUAUGCAAUAGCUUUACCACGGCAGUCCCCGAGUGCCACACGUCUUUUUUAUUCCCAAGUUCAGAUCAGUCUCAAGACUAUAACCUGAUGAAGAAAGUGACGUGCGACGAAAAGGUCAGCACCCCGUCUUCCUUUUUCCACAACAAUAUCUCUUUUUAGUCUCUUAGCCCCAACUGGAGAGUGAAAGGCUUUGAGAUAUUGUUGUGAUCUGCUGACAGGUCUUUGCGGUUAAACCUUUAAAUUUCAUUUUAUACCCAUGUGUGAGUGUUAGUAUUUAUGUAUUUCAUCGCUGCUGUGGAGUCACGGAACUUUUGUAAAAGUGCGCUAAAUAUAUUCUUUUGCACUCCUUGUAAGCACACAACUUUACAACACUAAAUGUUGACAACAUGACCUUUUGGUUAAAUAUACAAAGAAUUAUUUAAUUCUGUUCUUAGAAUUCAUUAGAUUAAUUAUUUAUCUAUAUUUAAUAAAUUAGAUAACAUUAAUUCAUUACUUUAUUUAUAAUAACAUGCUAGACAUCAUCGCUACGAUAUUAAAUUGACUUUAUUUUGUAUUUUAGUAAAGUUACGUAAAUAGUUACCUGUUUAGUAUUUUUUUUUGCUGUAUAUCAGUAUUAAACCACAUUUUGGAUAUAUUUCUUGUAUUUGUGACUAUCAGUUUUUGAUUGAGUAAAAUAUUUAUUUUUAUAAAAUGUUGUAUUAGUUGAAACUAUGAGUAAAGUAUUUGUAUUUAACAAAUAGUUAUUUAUUAAUUGUAACAUAUUGCACAAUAAAGCGUGUUCAGAUUAUACUUAAUGUUUAAAUAAAUGUUUUGUUAA